AUGGUAACAGAGGGAAGCACCUCUUUUAGAGGUAAUGUUUCCUCGCGUGACAGCUCCGAAUCAUCGGCUAAACAGGCUGUGCACGAAUUCCAUAAAGGCGACGAAGUAGCGAUUUCCGAAAACUUCGCAAAAAGCUCAGAAGGCCAGCCGGAGGGCCAGCUGAGAAGACAAUUUUCGGUGUGGUCGAUCCUGGGAGUCGGCUUCGGACUCACCAACUCGUGGUUUGGUAUCUCAGCGUCCAUGGUAACAGGUAUCUCCUCCGGCGGACCCAUGAUGAUCGUGUACGGUAUCAUAAUCGUGGGUUUGAUCUCGGUGUGUGUGGGUGUGUCGCUUGGAGAACUGUCCUCGGCGUACCCUCACGCCGGAGGUCAGUUCUGGUGGUCGUUGAAAUUGGCCCCCGCCAAAUACAAGAGAUUUGCUGCCUACAUGUGCGGAUCCUUCGCAUAUGCAGGCUCGGUUUUCACCAGUGCGUCUACGACGCUCUCCGUGGCUACUGAACUAGUGGGCAUGUACGCCCUGGCACACCCAGAUUUCACCGUAAAGAGAUGGCACGUCUUUGUGUGUUUCGAGUGUCUGCAUCUGUUUUUGAUGUUAUUCAACUGCUACGGGAGAUCGUUGCCCUUCAUAUCGUCCAGUGCUCUGUACAUCUCGCUAUUUUCCUUCGUGACAAUCACGAUCACCGUGCUUGCAUGUUCGCAUGGGAACUACAAUGAUGCCAAAUUCGUGUUUGCCACUUUUUUCAACGAAACCGGAUGGAAAAGCAGCGGGAUUGCCUUUAUUGUGGGUCUGAUUAACCCCGCUUGGUCCUUUUCUUGUCUGGACUGUGCCACACACAUGGCUUUCGAAGUCGAAAAACCGGAACGUGUCAUUCCCAUCGCCAUCUUAGGUACCGUGGCAAUCGGAUUCUGUACCUCGUUCUGCUACGUUAUUGCCAUGUUUUUCUCUUUGCACAACCUCUCCGCUAUUACCAGCUCUAACACCGGGGCUCCAAUUCUUGACAUUUAUUUUCAAGCGUUGGGUAACAAAGCGGGUGCUCUAGUGUUGGGUACGUUGGUUCUGUUGACAUCGUUCGGCUGCGUUAUUGCAUGUCACACUUGGCAGGCAAGAUUAUGCUGGUCUUUUGCCAGAGAUGAGGGUCUACCAUUCUCCAAGUUCAUGUCUAAAAUUAACCCACAGCUUGGCAUUCCAUUGAACGCCCACUUGGUGUCUUCAUUCCUUAUCGUGUUAUUGGGUGUGCUGUACUUGGCUUCCACAACAGCUUUCAACUCGUUGAUCACCGGAUGCAUUAUGUUUUUACUUCUCUCAUACAUUGUUCCGGUGAUUUGCCUGCUAUUGAAGAAACGCGAUAUCAAACAUGGUCCAUUCUGGCUUGGCAAAUUCGGCUUACUAUGCAAUAUCGUGCUACUGGGUUGGACCGUUUUCGCCUUUGUAUUUUUCUGUUUCCCCUUCGUGAUGCCUGUUGAGAAGGACAACAUGAACUACGCUUCGGUGGUAAUUGUCGGAUACUUACUCUUCUCCUUGCUGUAUUGGGUUUUCAGAGGGCGCAAGAAUUUCCACGCCGUCGAAGAGGAAGACUAUGGUUCUGAAGAUCCUUAUUUAAUGGAAUAA